GAAAGACCUGAAAGAAAGCAUCGAGACCUUAAUUGAGCAGAAACGACAGAAGCUCUUCGCCGCCGAUAACCUGGAGGAACACAUGGAUUUUGCGUCCGAGCUGAUUUUUGCCCAGAAUUAUCUCGUUCUUGUACUUUCAGAACAUGCCAUUGUGCUCAAAAUCCAGAACUACUUUGAUGCUUGGCAAGCUCUUCUCCUGAAACCUAACAUUUUCUUCAAGUUCUCCUGGUUUUACAAGAAGUACGAGACAUCUGCGAUGAUAGCCAUCUGUGUCAAAUCAACAAUUGCACACCUGGAUCUCUUGAACGAAGAGACAACCGAGUUGGAACAUGUCAACGCUCUGAACCUUAUGAGGCGCAUCAUGCUUGACACAUCAAACAAGCUUUUUCUCGGCAUCCCUCUUGAUGUAACACUAACUUCCACACUGUUGGUCCCCCACCGUUACUUUCAGCCCUUUGGCUUUGGCCCCCGCGGCUGCGUUGGGAAGUUCAUUGCGAUGGUCAUGAUGAAGGCCAUCCUGGUGACCCUCUUGAGAAGGUGCAGCAUCCGUACUCUGAAAGGCCAAGGUCUUAACCACAUUCCCAAAAACAAUGACUUGUCUCUGCAUCCCAACGAAAGCCAGCCGCUCCUGGAAAUGAUCUUCACCCCAAGGAAAUCCCUGGGCAAGAACGAUCAGGAUAAAUAA